CAUCGUGGAAGUGUUUGGGCGUCGUUUAUUUGCUGUGCAGCGGGGACGUUUCUGGAAGGGUGUGGUAGUUUUUGUUUUAAUAAGUGAUUUUAAGGCCCGCCGUCAUGUGGGCCGGCCAGGAGGGCUCCGACUGGGAGCUGAGUAAGGAGAACGUGCAGCCGCUGCGCCAGGGCCGCCGCGUGGCCGCGCUCAACUCGUCGCUGCAGACCGCCGGCGACGAGCAGACGGCGCAGAAGGUGGCCGAGCAGCGCAGGGCGUUCGAGCUGGAGAUCCGCACGUACAGCGGGGACGACCCGCUGGCGCCCUGGUACCAGUACGUGCUCUGGAUGGAGCAGCACUGUCCGCGCGGCGGCCACGAGGGCAACCUGGACGGCCUGCUGGAGCAGUGCAUCACCAAGUUCCACGAGGAGCGCCGCUACCACCAGGACCCGCGCUACGUCUCGCUCUGGAUACGGCUGGCGUGCAGCUCGCAGAAGACGCAGGAGAUCUUCCAGUGCAUGUUCCAGCGCAGCAUCGGCACCUCGCUGACGGCCUUCUACACGGCCUGGGCGGCGCAGUACGAGCUCGGCGGCAACGUGCGCGCCGCGGACAAGGUGCUGGCCGAGGGUGAGCGAUGUGGCGCCCAGCCGGCCGACGCGCUGGCCGAGGCGCGCCGCAAGCUGCAGACGCGCGUGGCCAGCGCGCUGGCCUUGUACGUCAACACAGUGUACGAGGAGGCGGGCGCGGCGCGCGGCAGCCCGAUCACGGCCAACCCUGGCGCGCUGGCGGCGCGCGCCCCGCCGCCGCCGCGCGCCGACGCCGACUGGAACCCGCGCGUCGCCGUCUUCGAGCCGCCCAACGACGCCGUCAAGGCCAUGUACUGCAAGGACGUGAUCUACGCUGGCGCAGGGGAGGUGUCAUUUGAAGAGCUCAGAGCCGCAAGAUGGAAGAAGGAGAACAAAUUGCUGCUGGAGCAGCGCCUGGUAGCCGAGGAGAUUCAGCGCAGCUUCCAGGAGAUGGCGCGCAGGAACGAGGAGGUGCUCAGAAGAAACGAAGAGGUGCUGCUCAAAAACGAGCAGCUGGAGCGGCAGCUGCUGGAGCUGAAGGCGCGCCUGCCGACGGCGCCGCAGCAGGGCUCGCUGAGCUCGUCCGCGCACCUCGGCUCGUCCAACGUCAGCGCCGGCUCGUCCAGCCUGCCCGGUCACAACAGUCACAGCCUCUCCAGCUCGGCGGUGGCCGCCUCGCCGACCGUCAACACGCGCGAGGCCAUCAACUGCGUGCGCGAGAUGCUCAACAGGACGGUGGAUACGUCGCUGCCGGCGGAGGCGCCGGCCGCCCGCGCCCGCCUUCAGUUCGACGACGAGCUGACCGGCUUCGUGCCGCUCUCUGACGAGGUGUCCUUCGCGGUGGGCGACCUGGAGCAGUUCGCCACGGCUGCCGGCCGCGUGGCGUCCACGCCCAUGGAGCACUCGCGCGAGCGCUUCAAGUCGUCCAGCAGCAGCAGCGGCUCUGACAUGUCCCGCCAGUCGCGCUGCGACCUCUCGGCGCCGGCGGCUGCGCAGCCGUGGCAGCAGCGGCCGUCGGACGGCGCCCGGUCCUGCUCGCAGCGCUCUGUUGUGUCGCGCUGGCCGGCGCCCCACCUCACGCAGAGCUCUGGCUACCUGGCCGAUGGGUCUGGUUCGGCGCUGUCGCCCGCCCACCCGGACCCCUGGGACGAGCGGCUGAUCGCGGCCCUGCUGAGCCAGCUGGCGGUCCCCGUCCACCAGCGCCAGCGGUACGAACGGCUCCGCGGCAAGCUGCCCAACUGCGCGCUGAAGGAGAUCGAGUACGGUGAGCGGCUGACGCCGGCCGGCGGCGAGUGGGAGUUCUACGUCGUGGACGAGGUGCACCGCCGGCUGGCGAGCCGCGCCGGCGCCGGCCAGCUUGAGUUCGUGAUGCCGGUGGAGCGGGUGAGCGUGUUCGACAACGGCAGCAUCCUCAGCACCGAGUACGAGCCGGCUGGGUCUCUUCUGGACGUGCUCAACAAGCUGCGGCACAACCCGGGCAAGUCGAUCGAGUCGCUGGUCAUGCUGCUGACGGCCGAGAUGCACGACCUUCACCGCGCGUGGUGA